UCUACGGGCAGCAUGCAGAAAGACUGAGAGUUUUCGAAAAGCUGACGUGGAUAUUUUCGGCUUUUCGACUUUAUGAGUUUUUUGAAAAAAGCGUGAUGCGGGUGAUGCACUCAUGAAGACACCAGAUUUUAAUAAGUGCAUGAUACUUCUGAAUCUAGCUUGGUGAUAUCUGAACUUUAUAAAAACUGACAUUUAUCGUAACUCUUUCAACGAUCAUGUUGACAUCUGGGAAUCAGUAUCUGCGACCAGAAUAUUUAUCGCCGUUGCCAACAACGUUAGAUGCAAAGAAGAGUCCAUUGGCUUUACUUGCUCAAACAUGUAGUAAUAUUGGUGCUGAUAAUCCAAAUAAUAAACCUAUUAUUUCUGGUUUAGAGAAAUCUAAGGAUAAUAACAAUGAUUCCAAGAAGGACAAAUCUCCUGUUAUUAUUAGUGAUGAUCAUAGCAAUAGUAAGCCAUCAUUUAAACCCUAUGAAUCUGUCAUUAAAAAAGAUGAAAACCUGAACUCUGAUUUUUGUGGUAAAAAGACUCCCAACUCAAAAUCAAGCUCACCAUCUGUGCAUCGAGGGUCUCCAGCUGCAAGCACAGGUUCCUGUGGUAAAAAUUCUCCAACUGCUUCUGAAAAUGGCAGGAGUAGUUCCCACAACCCUAGUAAAUCAGAAUCUAUUGUUUCAUCCCUUGCAUCUCCGCACACAUCUAAUUCUACUUCAACAACCUUGUGCUCUAGCCAAAAUACCCUUAGUGGACUUGGAUAUGGAUCAUCAACUGGUUUAGGUUUAGAUUUAGCUCGUAAUGAUGCAAAAGAAAGUUUAUCACAUUUAGGUCUAAGUGCUUAUAAAGCUCUAAAUGGCUUGAAUCCUUUGUCAAAUUGCACUGGAUGUGGGCCAAUUCCAGGACAUCCUAUUGAUACUCAUGCAUAUCAAGCAGCAGCUCAGAGUGGCUUGCUUAAAGCAGGCAGUUAUCCUUUAGGUACGGCAGCUCUGUCACCUUAUGUUGGAUAUGCUCGAGUAAAAACAGCAAGUGGAGGUACAACACUAGUUCCAGUCUGCAGAGAUCCUUACUGUACUAAUUGUCAGUUUAGCAUGCAUAAUGCUCAAUUGUCUUCCUGUCCAAGUGGUUGUACACAGUGUACUCAUGACAGAUUAAGUACUUCACUACCUGGAUUAGGACAUAUGCCUGGCUUGACUGGCUCUGCUGCAGCAAUGGCAGCAGUUGCUGCUGCAGGAGGCAUGCCUGGACUGUCAUAUCCUCAUUCUGUGUUAGCUAGACCAAAUGUCUGCAGUUGGAUGAUUGGGGAUACAUAUUGUGGUAAAAGAUUUAGUACAUCUGAAGAACUUUUACAACACCUUAGGACUCAUACCAAUCUAUCUACAUCUGAAUCUCCCUUAUCCCUCAUAUCUCCAGCAUUUAGCUUAGCAUCAUCAAGUCUAAAUGCAGCUUGUCAUAUGCAUUACAGUUCUGGUGCAUCAUUAACUUCACCAGCUGGCUUAAGAAGAACGUAUCCAACUAGUUUAAGUCCUGUCAGUUCCUUGUCUGCAGCAAGUCGAUAUCAUCCAUAUAAGCCAACACUGUCUUCUCUACAAGGAACCCCAUUGUCUCAGCUUGGGCAUCCUGGUUUAGGAAUGUAUUAUCCAUAUAAUUUGUAUGGACAGAGACUAGGUCCACCGGUUCAUCCUUAACAAGCCUUGUGAAGUGAUAUGUUUUGCUCAUGUUAUGUGCAGUGGCAGUAUGGCAAUUAUUCCUACUAAAUUAAAUCAACAGAAGAUUCAUGUUUUCUGCAUUCUUUUUUAAUAGUGAAAAUAAAACUGUGUGAAAGAAAUAGAUAUAACUUUGAAUAUACUUUUGUUUGAAAUUAAUUAUAAAUGAAAAUGAUUUAUAAUUUUAAUUUGUUCUUAUUGAGGAAUAUAAGUAACUGUUCCUGCACUGUACUUUGCAACAGGUUCUUGGAGGGAUAUAUAUAUACUUGUAUAUAUAUCUGUGAUUCAUAGAACAUCUAAAAUUUUUAUGGAACUUUAACACCAUUUAUAUUACUUACCUCACUUGCACUUUAAUUAUUCUUCAACUAAUUCAUCAACUCCUCUAUUAAUCCGAGAACCUGUUAAAUUAUGUGAUGAUAUUCAGUGAGAUUGUAUCAUAGCUAUAUUGCAUGCAAGCGUUUUAGUACCAAAGUCUUGUAAAUAAUGAACAGUCAUUACUUCUACAAUAAUCCAAAGGCCUUAUCACACUGUUUGAUGUAUAUUAUCUGUUUAUAAGCACUUAAAAUUUAAUAUAUAACUUAUUUUCUGUAGAUUAUGGGAUAUCUGUAGGUGUUUUAUUGGGUUACUUGUGAAUGACCAAAAAAUAAUAAUAAUAAAUAAAGGUAUUAGUGAAAAGAUUUAAUACUUCAUGACUUAUUUGUGGUUUAAACUGCACCUCUACCAGGCUUGUUUAAAUAAUUGUUCUGCUUGUGAACUUUUUGUUUUAAAUAAAUUUAUAACUGUUAAAUAUGUAUAAUAAUUGUAUAUAAUGUAAAUUGUGUUUAAUAUGUCUUGAGUGAGCUUUAGUGCUUGUAUUAAUUGUUUCUUGUAUACACAGACUGACAGACAUUUUAGUAUUGUAAGAUACUCUUCAUUUCUGUGUGAUGUUAGUGAAGUUAAUUUCAGAAUUAAUUAAAAACUUGCAUUAUUAUUUAUUUCUUGCCAAAAUAUUAUUGCCAAGAUACAAAAGUGUAUGCAACUUUUACUUAUGUCUAAAGUAAUGUUUUUGGAACAGUUAUUUCUUUGUUUUCAAAACUGAUGAAUCGUGCAAUAUUCUUUUUAUGUGAGACAAUCAUGUGAUGAAAAUAAUGAAGUGUGAACUCUGUCAAUUUAACAAGUGUUGCAUAUUUUGUCUGUCAUAUUAAAAAAUUGCUAAAUGGUGUAAUAAACAAUAGGAAUCUAAAUCUGCAUUAUGAUAUAAUAAAUGUUCUAUUUCAAACUCUUA